UUAGUCAAAAGAAUAUGCUUCUGUUUUGUCCAACAUGUGGGAAUGUGUUGAUUGUAGAGGAAGGACAGAAGUGCUAUCGAUUCGCCUGCAACACAUGUCCGUACGUGCAUAACAUUACUAGGAAGGUAAACAACAGGAAGUAUCCCAAACUGAAAGAGGUUGAUGAUGUGCUUGGUGGAGCUGCAGCCUGGGAAAAUGUGGAUUCCACGCCAGAAAAAUGUCCCAAGUGUGAGCACCCCCGAGCAUUCUUCAUGCAGAUUCAGACUAGAUCUGCAGAUGAACCGAUGACAACAUUCUACAAAUGCUGCAAUUAUGAGUGUGGACAUCGCUGGAGAGACUAAACUGGUGUUCAAUAGGAUCUCUACCUGAGAACACUAGUUGAGUCAGCUAACCUGGUUUUAUGGUGUAUGUGCUGUAGCCAAAUCUUCUGUUGUCAUGCCAGACAGCUUUGGCAUAACAGUGAAUAAACAGAUAGGAGUUUGGACCACAUGACUUCUAGUUGACCACACCAUUGGUGCCAAGCGUGUUGGAGAAAAAGUAGCAAGAGUUGGUGUAAUAUACACUUCUACCAAAUGUACUUCAUACACAAGAGUAUGCCCUUACUUUAUUUAUCAUUGUGAUUAGUUAUCUUCUCUGGGUUGUUUCCUAUUACAUUCAGAAGUCAAUUGCACUUCCAAUUUAUAGCUGAAGAUACAUAAUUUGUGUUUGAGUAGUUGCCAAAUGACCAGAAUCCAUUGUUGGUGUCAUUUUAUUUCUCCUAGAUGUUUAACAUACUAUAAAAAUGACUGUUUUUGGAUUAAAAGAGUAUGACCAUCUGACAAAUUACUAAUACUGUAAAAUCACAAAUACUGGUUUGUUAUGUUAAAAUAACUGCACUGUAUGCAACAGUAAUGACCCAACUUAUCAUUUAGAUGUACAUUAUACCAUUUUUUUUUGAGGGGGCAACAGACCAAACUAGCUACCAACAUCAAAGGCCAUCAUUGUGUUCAAAGUUCAAUACAAUCCCUAAACUCUGCUUUUACUACAUGUUCUUACACAGCUUCAAGCCACUUCACACUGCAUGUAGAAGAUUCAAUAGAGUACAAAGUUAAGAGGCCAGCCUGUGAAAAGUAUCCAUAAGAAUGCAUGUAAAUGCAGACAUACUCCACCUGCCGUCAGUGUUUACUGUAUAUAAUCAUGCUGGUUAUUGGUAGUAUUGAGAUGAGACGAGAGAUCCUACAGACGACACAAAUGAAGCAGACAAAAGAUCUUUCAUACCAUACAUUGGUGUACUUGGACUGGAUCGAACACGUUAAUAUGUUGUCAAAAUGAUCACAAGUGAAUGACCUGCACAGAGCUGGGACCAAAGUAACACAGCCUACCAUCAGUAACACACUACGCCGCCAGGGACUCAAAUCCUGGAGUGGCCUAGCCAGUCUCCAGAUCUCAACCCCAUAGAAAAUCUUUGGAGGGAGUUGAAAGUCUGUGUUGCCCAGCAACAGCCCCAAAACAUCAGUGCUCUAGAGGAGAUCUGCGCCAAAAUACCAGCAACAGUGUGUGAAAACCUUGUGAAGACUUACAGAAAACGUUUGACCUCUGUCAUUGCCAACAAAGGGUAUAUACAAUUAUUGAGAUAAACUUUUGUUAUUGACCAUAUACUUAUUUUCCACCAUAAUUUGAAAAUAUAUAUUUUUUAAAUCCUACAGUGAUUUUCUGGAUUUUUUCUCUCAUUUUGUCUGUCAUAGUUGAAGUGUACCUAUGAUGAAAAUUACAGGCCUCUCAUCUUUUUAAGUGGGAGAACUUGCACAAUUGGUGACUGACUAAAUACUUUUUUGCCCCACUGUAUGGCCAGAGAGGACAAGUGCACAAAAUUACAGUGAUAUCAUGCAGAGCGCUUCACCAUUCUAAUGUGCCCCUCCUGCAGAGCGGAUUGGACUCUAUCAGCCAGGUCGGCUUCGCUCCAUUCCCUUCCUAUACGGAAAAAUACAAGGAAACCUGUUUCUCUGUGGACUGAUAGAUCAACAAGAAAAUCUCAGCCUCUGACAUGUACAUGGUGCUCGGUGACUGCACGGAGCUCAUUGAAGCUCAAUGUAGUCCUGCAUCAAUGACAGGUGAUCAGGUCUUACAAAAUUAGCUAGUCUCCUUACCAGUUGGGUCUUAAUGAUAAUGAAGCUUGGCAAGCAAGGCUAUAAAGUAUCUAACUGAAUGACAGUCCAAACCACUUAAAUAAAAACUGUACAGUAAA